AUGGGCGACGUGCAGCCGCGUGGAUCACUGCAGUUACUGUCAGACAGCGGCGACAUUGAGGUAGCUCGAUUCCAAAUAAAGAAAGAAACUACGACGCUAGGAAGAGCCCUUAACAAUGACGUGCGACUGUUGCUCGAAGAUGUGAGUCGUAAGCACUGCACGAUUCAGUUCGACAGUGAGAAUCGAGCUGUGUUACAUGUGAUGGGAUCCGGCGGUGUAUGGCAUAAUAAUGUACAUGUCAAACCCCACGCUAACGACACCCAAAUCAAAUUGAAGGAUGGUGAUAAACUUCAAAUUUCCAAGCACACACUUACCUUUUCGUAUGUGACAGCAGCGCCAGCAUCUCCAAGAAAACGAAAGCCUCAGAUGGCUGCACCCGAAUCUCCUGCCACACCACGUCGUCAAAGUGCUCGAAUCAAGGCACGUGCUAGCAUGCCUUGUUUCCGAACCGCGUGGACGCCUGAGCGAGCCAUGCGACCCAUCCCUCUGACACAACAAACUGCACCGUCAGAGCCUGCUCAAAGCAACUCGAAUAAUGUGGCUGUCGAACAGCCAAAGAUGCCUCAGGCGCCCAGCAUGAUCCUGGCCGACUUGAAUGUCUGGCAACGCACAUCCUUAGACACGAAUGUGCCUGAGACGCAUCAAGAUGUGAAUCCAGGAGCAGAAUCUGACCUCCCAAAUGACACCGCUAUGGUGAAUGAGGCGGCAAACACUUCUCAGCGAAGAGAUUUCUUGGAAUGCAACCAACCGGAGCCUGAAGCGACGGAGCCUGAAUUCGUGGAGCCUGUAGCCACCGACCCACAAGUCCCUGAAUCCGGUCCUGUUGAUCUCGAGCCCAUGGACCCCAACCCUUUGGAGCAGGAGCUUGAAGCCAAUAAUUCUGACGCUUCCGUCCAACGAGUAUCCGAGUCCGAUCCUGUUGAUCUCACAUCCGUGGACCCCAACUCUGUCGAGCUAGAGCCUGUCGAGCCUAAACCCGCUGAUCCUGCUGCCAUUCAAUCUACUCUCUCUGAGCUUGCCCAAGUUGGGCAGGAGCCCCUUAAUCCCCAUCCUGUUGAUCCGGAAUCUACGGAGUCUCAUCCCAAUAGUCCCGGACCUACUGAGUCUCGUCCUGCUGAUCCCAACCCUAUCAAACUGAAUGCUAACGACGCCCAAUCCACUCAUAUUGACCCCACUGAAUUCGAGGCCACCGAGCCAGAAAAACAGGGACGCGACGACGCCGAGCUUGAGCCCAAAAUCGAUCAGCCUCUUGACUCUCAGCCUACCGUGCCGGCCGAAGCUCACGAGUUUAUUGAAGCGCUUGAUGACCAUGUGUGGCAGGCAGAUACAAAAGCGAGCUUAGCUGAAGAGAAGGAAAACGAGCAUCGUGACACUUCUGAUCUCACACUGUGUCUCGAAGAGCUGGAGGAGCAAGAAGUGGUAGACGCGAACCGUUUGCUUUCUGCAGCAACGCCCAUGACGCCCCGGUUUCCACCAACCACGCCGCUGAGGUGGUCACCUGCGAAGUCGCGCAAAGUGAGUCUCCGAACAGCGACACUGCUGAAGCGCAGUGCUCAGCUUCCUAUUGUGCCUCUGGUGGAUAGGGAGCCUCCUUGUGCUCAGACGCCUCCUCCAUCAAUUAACUCGCACAUUCCAACGUCGACGGAUUCUAAAGACAUGGAGCUCAGCGCUAUAUCAUCAGACGAAGAGGAUGAGGAAGAAGUCGAUUCAAGUUUGGAGUUGCAGUGUGCUUCAUCGCCACUGCCACCACGGCCUCUACAUUCAUUCAUGACGCCGCAAACCAAGCGACAGGAAAAGCCUAUGGUCCGGCGCAUGUCGUGCUCUGAGAUGGAUCAGCCGACACUACGGCGUCAGCCGUCAUGGCAAUGGCUCAAAAGUCUCUUCUCGCCAUCAAGAAAGACAGCCCCGGAACCAAGCAAGGAACAAGAACCGGUGCCAUUGGGGUCAGAACGUGCUUCUACAGAGGUCCGUGAACAAGACGAACAGGAAUCAUUUUUCGAUGCUAGUGGUGACAUGGACAUGACAAGUAUGCAUCAUGUUACUACGCCAAAAGCAAAUGAGAAAAAUCUGGCUCCAACGCCAGAUAUGCAUGUGCUUAAGCAUGUAUUUGCCGAGCCGAAGCAGGCCGUAUCACCUGAAGCGACUAUGCAUCACUUCCGGCAUAUGAUGUCUGAACCUAAACAAACUUCAGCCAUGGAUCUGAGCAUGAGCAGUGCAUGGACUGCUAUGGAGGAACAAGUACGCGAUGUACCCCAAGAGGCCAGUGUGCCUGCUCAACCGCUUCAGGUCCUAACCCCCGAAACAGAUCAACUUACCAAGCAUCGUGCGACACGCACUGUUCCAAAGAAAGAACCCUAUGUCCCCGUUCGUCGGCAACUUCCACCGCGUAAUGCCGUAAAAAUGUCGCGUAUCGGUUCAUUAUCUACAUCAACUACCAGAACGGCAAGUGAGCAGCAGGCGGCACAAACUACAUGUGCGGUGCCUCCAGACACGCGACUACGCCGAUCUGGCAUGGCAUCUUCUUUACCGGUAGCCAGAGCCGGUACUACUAUACGCACUCGUGCGACCAAAGAGUCGAUCACAAACGACCGCGAAGAUGCUACAUUGAAUAAGCGUGUGACCCGUGGUGCAUCAAAAACACGGAAAAACUGA